AUGACUUUCACUGGUAUUGCUGCAACUUUGCUUCCUGAAGGAAAAACGGUUAAUAAAACUCUAGCACCGAUGUCUCCACGAGUACUUGAAGUCAUGGAUCGAACUCUUCGCGAUCUUAUGAAAAAUCAUUUGCAAUUCGGUGGUAAAAUUGUGGUUUUCGGAGGAGAUUUCAGACAACUGUUGCCAGUGAAAGAAAAUGCAACUCAGUGCGAAAUUGUUAAAUCAUCAAUUAGCUUCAGCGCUUUGUGGAAAAACUUCAUUGUUCAUCAUUUGAUCGAAAACAUGCGAGCUCUACCUAAAGAGAAAGAAUUUUCUCAAUUUCUCCUCCAAAUGUGUGAUGGAACUUUGAAUGAUUCAUCUGAAACUAUUCAAAUCCCUGAAAAAUGUAUUGCUCCAGUUGAUUCUGAUAUUAUGAAAGAUACGUACAAAACUUUGAUCGAGGACAAAAAGUUUAGUGCAGCAGCAAAUUACACCAUACUUUCAGCAAGGAAUAUAGAUGUUGAUAUCAACAGAAAAGUUGUUGACCUUCUCGAUGCAGAGACAAAAAAAAUUUACACCAGCAUAGACAGCACAGAAAUAACUAAUGAUGAGAGUGAUAUACAUCACGAAGCUGUAUUACCAGAGUACUUAAAUUCGCUGAAUCCUCCAAGUUUGCCACCUCAUGAAUUGCGACUCAGGAAAUACAGAGCCGUGAUGCUUAUAAGAAACAUGAGUAUAAGUGAAAGUCUUUGCAAUGGAACGAAAUUGCUCAUUCUUGACAUGAAGGACAAUGCAUUGAGAUGCCAAAUUUUGACAGGAAGCAAAACUGGAGAAAUUACUUAUUUGAGUAGAGUAACUUUGCACUGCGAAAACAUUGACCCUUUCUCAUUCAGAAGAGGACAAUGUCCAAUAAAAUUGGCAUUCGUUAUGCCCAUAAAUAAGUCUCAAGGUCAGACUUUUGAUGUGAUUGGUAUCGAUUUGAGAAAACAUGUUUUCAACCAUGGACAAUUGAUAACUACUCCCCUUGGCCAGUUUACGGAUCGAGUUCUCGAGCAAGGAUCCACGACGGACUUGCCAAGCGCUCAGGAAAAUCCAGUCAUUGUUCAACAAUCACCCAUUAACAACUUCAACCUCGAUGCGGGAAUUAGUUCAGCUCCACCAGCUUCGAAAAUUGCGGAAUCCGCGCCUCCUCACCCGAUAUCCCUUUCCAGUGGUUCGAAUUUAAUGGCGGAUACGUAA